GGCGCGACUCGUCAGUUCCGCGCUGGGCCCGCGAUGCUGUCGGCGGGCGGCGGCUCCGGCCCCGGGGGGGCGGGCGGCUCCGGGCCGGGGCUCGGCGGCGACGGCGAUUUCCUUUCGCGGUACCGGUUGGUGUCGGCCAAGCUGCGGCGGCGGUUCCUGCGGAAACCGAACGUGGCGGAGGCGGCGGAGCAGUUCGCGGCGCUGGCGCGGGAGCUGCGCGCCCAGGAGAGCCUGCCCUACGCCGCCUGGUGCCAGCUGGCCGUGGCGCGCUGCGCCCAGAGCCUGUUCCACGGCCCGGCCGAGGCGGCCGCGCUGGCCGAGGCCGCGCGGCUCUUCCUGCGCCAGGAGCGGGACCUGCGGCAGCGCCUGGGCUUGCGCGGCGGCUUCGGCGAGCACGUGGCGGCGGCGCAGAGCUGCGGGGCCUUCGCCGCCCGCCUGCACCUGGAGCGGGGACAGCCCGCGCUGGCGGCCGGGCCAUGCCUGGAGCUGGCGGCAGCGCUCCGCGACACGGGACAGCCCGCCCGCGCCGCCGCGCCCCUGCAGCGGGCGGCGGAGCUGCUGACAGCGGCGCGGCUGCCGCUGCAGGCUCUGCGCUGCCUGGCCGAGCGCGCCUCCUGCCUGCUGCUGGCCCGCGACUACGCCGGGGCGCUGGCCGCGCUGACGCGGGCGCAGGCGCUGGCCGGGGCCGGGCUGGGCGGUGCGGCCGGGGCCGGGGCCGCGCCCGGCGGCGCCUUCCUGGACGUGCUGGCGCGCUGCGAGGUGUCGCGGGUGCUGCUGCUGCUCCUGCUGCAGCCGCCGCCCGCCAAGCUGCUGCCCGAGCACGCCCGCACGCUGGAGCAGUACUGCUGGGAGGCGCCCGACGGCGGACCGGGCACAGGGAGCGGCUCCGGGACGGGCGGGGGACUGCCGCCGGCCGCCAGCUACCUGCCGGCCGAGCUGUUCCUGCUGCUGCAGUCGGCAGUGCUGGCGUGCCAGGAAAAGGACGCGGAGGCGCUGAAGGCGCUGCAGGCCGAGCUAUGGCCGCUGCUGAGCGCCGAGCAGAACCAUCUGCUGCACCUGGUGCUGCAGGAGAUGCUGAGCCCCGCCGGACAGGGGCUCUGAGCGCCGCCGCCCGCAGGGACAGGUCGGACUGGUCGCUUCAGCCACCUCCAGUACAGACUCUAUUAUUCCGUUAUUUAUUUUUAGAACGAGUUGAAGUAAUGGUUGGUGAGAGAAUGCGUUCAUCUACACAUAUGCCUUGUGUCAUAGUAAACUGCUCACUGUAUGUACUGAAAGUUGUCAUGCUUGGAAAAAGUGUAACCCUAAAGCAGAAUGGCCAUUUCAGGGCAGAAGGAAGCUGUUCAUUAAAAGAUUGGCUGCAA